ACUGCUGGGGAUUUUUCUCAGCUGUUUAGGAGUUUUCGUGGAGUCCCACGGGCUGGCGGGGCUUGCCAGGGUAGGUGUGUCUGGGCUCAGCCCAGAGCCAGGGGACAGGGAAUAAGAGUGUGCAGGGUCCCGAGUGGGCAUGGUUGCAAUGUUCAGAAUCCAGCUGAGAGGCCAGGACAAGCUUCUCUUUGUUCCUCCCCCACUGUUCUGCCCGAGCUCAAAGGCUGGAAGAGGCCAAAAGAGCAUCUUAGAGGGAAGAGUGGAGGCUCUCAGUGCCCUUGAAAAGUGGCCGUCAGGAGUCCGUCCACGACAUGGGCAUGGUAGUGCACACCUUUGAUCCCAGCACUCAGGAGGCAGAGGCAGGUAGAUUUCUGAAUUAGAGGAAGUGAGUUCCAGUCAGCCAGGGCUACCUAGAGAAACCCUGUCUUGAAAACCACAACAAAGAAACAAGCAUACAAUGGCCACGGGGCUGGGGAAAUACUCCAAAGGUGGAAAUGUUGCUUCCCAGCACCCACACAAAAGUCAAGUGUACCUGAUUCUUGGUACCAGGGAGGCAGAAAUGGGAGGUUCCCUGGAAUUCACUGGGCAGGUGCCCUAGCUAAAUCAGUGAGCUUCACGUUCAUUGAGAGACUCUGUCUCAGAAAACAAGAUGGCGAGCGACUGAGGAAGACACCCAGCAUUGGCUUCUGACUUCUCUAUGCAGGCAGAGAUCCAUGCAUGUACAACAUACGUGAACAGGUACACAUGGUGGGUCACAGUCUCGGUUAACAAUCUUUCCCGAGGACUUAAGUAGGCAGACCUUCUCCCUCUCGCCCAUCAGAAAUUGAAGUACGGAGAUCUGAGAGCCUAGCCCAUGUUUUGCUGUGUGACUGAGGCAAGUCCAUCUCCCUUUCUGGUUUUGUGGCUUUGAGUAGUUUUCCCCACAGGUUCAUGGGAGUUAAAAGAAAUCGUGGGGGUAAAUAGACAAGAAAAUAGAAAUUCCAAGGCUGCAACUCUGUAUGUGUAAACAUGUAUGUGUAUGCUUGUGUGUGUGUGUGAGUGUGUGUGUGUGUGUGUGUGUGUGUGUGUGUGUGUUUAUGGCUGAUUUUUUUCAGCAUCUUCCACAUGUUAGAUAUGCCAUCAACCACCAAACUAACCCUAGCUCCAGUUUUCAUGGCUCCCACAGAGUGAUCAUGGUGUACAGUAACAGUGCUGGGUAAGACUUAGAGGCUCCAUGAGGUCAUUCUUACAGCAACCUGAAAAUGUGUCUACACCACUGCUUACCAAAUAACCCUGACUCCUCAGCUCUCAGGGUGCCACAGACAUUUACCUUCUUGCAAUGGGUGGGUGCCUCAUGCAGCUAGUUCUGGCCAAUGGGUUCUAAUUAGGUCAAAGACAUUAGUGGCUGGCAAGGGGAUUCACUAAUCUUCAGUUUGUGACAAUCUCUGGCAGUGACCUGGAGGGUCCUGGAGUGAGGGUGAAGUGGGACAUAGUUGGUUCACAGGGUUGUGGACAGGAGGCAUGAAUGAGAAUCUAGUCUUUGGUGUCACAGCCCUUAGGGUUUGAGAAUAGUUUGUUAUCCAUGCUAUCUAAACCAACCCCUAUUACAGAACAACAUGGGGCUCAGAAAGACAAAGGGAUAUUGAGACUCAUGUGGCUGCGGAACACACAAGUUUGAGAGGUGCACGUAGCAUGUCCUUUGUCAGGGAGGCCAUAAAGGUUGGAGUACAGGCUCUCCUUGGAGGACACUUGUAAGCUUCUCAGUCUUUGGUGGGAAGUGCACAGAUGCGCAUUAUCACUGUUGGCCACUAGAGGGUAGCUGGACCCAAGUUUGUAAUUGUUGGCCAGGCAGCAGUGAACUCCUGCUAAGGCCCACAUUCUAAAACUGUGGGUGGCCACCAGAAGCUAAAUGUGGGAGUGGAGAAAACUGGGCAACAGCGAAAGGUUUCUGAAUGCACAACGACCCAAAAUGAUCACACUUGAAAUGAAUCUGGGCUGUUUCUACCAGCUCUUGUGUGUUGGCAUUGAACAUUCGAUGUGCACACUUUGACCUAUACAUGCCAUACACUACCGAUGGAUGAAAGCCACCCAAAAGCUCGCAGAGACUAUGGCACACUGUAAAUUGCGGUGUCUUUGCUGCUAAUACAGAAACACAACGGUUCAGUGAUGGAAAAACGGGGUCAGCAUUUUCCUACUGUUGCUUCUCAUUGGCUAAGUAUAAACUCAGUUCAGCUGUGCACCAGCCAGGUGUCCUCGCCCGUAAUCCCAGCCACCAUUAUUGGAGGCCUGAGGACACCAGUUCAAGGUCAUUCUUGGAAGUUUAGGGCCAACAUGGUAUAUGUGAGACCCCAUCUAAAGUGAAAACAUCUGCUUCAGUUGCUGUCUGGAGUUUCAGAAGAAGAUUAAGGGAAAUCUGACUUGGGAGUAGGGAAACAAACGUCUAACAAUUUCCGGAACACUUGCCUGCUGUUAUCAUUUUAAUUUAUGCAAAAUGGCACUCUGAGCAUUGCCAAUUAUAAAAUCAAAAUAUCCAUCAGUUCUAAAAACCUCUGAAGAUACAUUUACAUUCCAAAGCAGCAGGUAAACAGCUAAGAUUUAGUUACAUAGAAACAAGUGAACGUCUCGAUCUCAUUAGUAUGCAAAUUCGCCUUUGUCUUUAACAAGUGGUAAAAUUUUAUGUGUACCAAAGAGUUAUUUAUUUUUAUUUUUUUGGUUCUUUUUUUUCGGAGCUGGGGACCGAACCCAGGACCUUGCGCUUCCUAGGCAAGCGCUCUACCACUGAGCUAAAUCCCCAACCCCUAAGAGUUAUUUUUGAAAUAAAUUUCCUCUUCAAAUUAAUGUUCUUUAUUUGGUGGUUUUGGUUUUGUUGUUUUUGUGGCUCUGGGGAUUGAACUCCAAGGUUUAUGCACGCUAGCUGGGAGCUCUGUCAUGACACCAAUCCCCAGGCAAAACUGAAUCAAUUACUUUGAAUUAUUACCAGUAAGUACUCGAUUUAUAGAACUGCAUUAUACACCUAUGGCGUUGAGUACAAAUGUCUUGGCUACAGCCACUGCAGGUGAAAAAUGGACAAGAAGCUUGCUCAGAGCUAGUCAACACCGGAGAGAAAGGAGGCCAACAGCAGGCGACCAGCAGGCAAAGGACAGAGAUGGAGACGACUCAGGUCCUGCUCUGAAAGGAGGGAAGAAGGGUGGGUGCAUUCUGGAUCUUCAGGCUGGAAGAAAGCACUUCAGGGCAUCUAAUCCCUAACUGAAAAGGCAGUUGAGACCUAGGAGGGUUUUGUUGUUUUGUUUGGUUUGGGUUUUUUGUUUGUUUUUCUUUUUUUCCAGGACAAGAUUUCUCUAUAUGGCCCUGACUGUUCUGGAACUUGCUCUGACAACUGUCUCUAUCUCCCAGUGCUGGGAUUAAAGGCAUACACCACCACCUCCUGGCCUAUGGAACAGGAGUCUUAUAGUGAGUGGUCAGACAAGGAGAACCCAGGGCCCCUGACUUCAGCCCGGGCUGCCUGAUCUCCUGCAGGUAAUAGAGCAGUGGUGGGCCCUACAGAACCAGUUCCCCAGGAUGUCCAGGCUGAUUUUGCCAACUCUUUCCUUCUUUUUUUUUUUUUUUUUCCGGAGCUGAGGACCGAACCCAGGGCCUUGUGCUUGCUAGGCAAGCGCUCUACCACUGAGCUAAAUCCCCAACCCCCAACUCUUUCUUUCUUUCAGGGCCUCAAAACAUGUAGGGAGGGGAAAGAACUCAGACAGUGCCCCUCCCCCUCCACUGUGAUUUCUUACAGGUUGCCUGGUAACCAGGGCAUAGCCCACUUUAGAAACCUAAGGCUUCAAGGGGGAGAGAAUGGAUCAGAAGAGGAGAGGAUCCUGGGCCCACAUGUUCACCAUUCAGUCACUGUGCAGAAACAUACUGAGUGAUUCUUGUCAGGCCCUGGGAACCAGAGAAGAAAAGGAUCAGUGUCUUUCAGAACUGUGCUGCCCAAUAUGGUGGACACACAUUCAAAUGAAAUUAAAUUGGAAAAAAAAAGUCCCAGAUCCUUGGUCAUCAUGGAAUAAUGGGAAAGCUGGACAGCCUGGAUGAGCCACGACUUUGCACCUGCGCCUUCAGAGAUGCAGCAGCACAGGGCUCCGGGCCCCAGAACCUCUUUCUCUCGGGGCCACAUGCUGGGACGCCACACCCACCAAAAGCUCGCUGCAGAUGUGCCCCCACUCAUUCCUGUCAUCAAGAAGACUGUGCAUUUGGAUGCCUUCCCCCAAAGCAAUGUCCUACAGAAUUCCAACCAACCAAGCAUUCGAUCUAGGGCCUGGAGUAUGUCCCAACAGGGCACUGCCACGGGGCCCCUGAGUUCCAUGCCUCCUAAUAGCUUUAUGCCCAGGAAACUCAGUUCUAUUUCCUUAACAAUUCACCACAAUGUCCAAACACGGGCCAUAGAUGCCUCACUUUCUCACUGGGAAGAAUUGCCCAAUUUGCACAAGGAGGCUAUGGCGCACAGAGAAGGGAAGCUGCCUGCCUCAAAUCUGCCACUCAUGGCUCAAGGGUCACAAGUCAGGACCUCCUCUGAAGGCCAUGGGAACCCAGACCUUCCCAAAUCCAACAGGACACCCGCAGUGGAUAAGCCUCUGGUGUCUUCGUGUCUGACUUUACCUUUCCAAGCUCAGUUCACUCAGAGUUCAUCAAGUCUUCCAGGGACAGGUCCCAUGCGUCAAGUCCAUACCAGAAGCUCUGCAGGAAGAGGCAAGAGCAGGCCCAGGGGUAUUCCCAGGUCCCGAGCAUACCUUCAAAGGACUGCCUCUGCCACAGAUUUGUCUAUUGUGAGCACGAAACUAGAGAAAGCCAGAAACCUAGGCACAGUGGCUAUCAACAGACCCGAGUUAGCUAUCAACACACCCACACCAAACCCAUCCGGACUGAUCAGAAGCACGGAGCUUCCUAUUCUGGACGCCAAGAUGGGCCUGGCUACCAACUUACCUAUGGUAUCCAAGUCGGGAAAAGCCACAGACUUGAUUACAGCAGGCACAGCCAAGAAUUUAGCUAGAGCAGGGACAACCAAGCCACUCCAGGUUAUAAAUUUGGUAACUGCAGAGUUAGACAAGCAGGAAAAUAAUAUGCUUCUGACCGUGGGGGGCUCAAACAUGGCUUUGACAACAUCGAAUGAGGCCAAGGGGGGCAUAACCAGGUUGGACACAGUCAAAGCUUCGACUGGAGCCACCGUAGGCAAACUGUAUACAGCUGCAGAUUUUCCUGCAUUGGACACAAACAGACUAGGUACAGCCGUGGAUUCAGUUGUGCUGGUCUGCCCAGAUCCAACCACUGGUGAGACCAGGCCACAUACUGUCAACAACCUGACUAACCCAGACACGGCUACCUAUGCUACCUCUCCUCUAAUGGUGAGCAAAAGUACAGACCCAGCCCAGGACCAUGUCACUGCGGAUGCUUCCACAGACAGCACCAUGGGACUCGCCUCGCUGGACCUGGACAGAGAACUCGAAGGUCAAUCCAAGAGCUUGGCUGGGGAGGCCCUGCUGCUGGGGCUCCCAGAGGCUAGGACGGACACAGCCAUGUCAGAGCUGGUGCCCGAGCCCAGGCCUAAGCCGGCGGUGCCCAUGAAGCCGGUCAGCAUCAACUCCAACCUACUAGGCUACAUUGGCAUUGACACCAUUAUCGAACAGAUGCGCAAGAAGACCAUGAAGACUGGUUUUGACUUCAACAUCAUGGUCGUUGGCCAGAGUGGACUGGGCAAGUCGACGCUGGUCAACACACUAUUCAAGUCUCAAGUGAGCCGGAAGGCCUCCAGCUGGAACCGGGAGGAGAAGAUCCCGAAGACAGUGGAGAUCAAAGCGAUUGGGCAUGUGAUAGAGGAAGGUGGUGUCAAAAUGAAGCUGACGGUCAUCGACACGCCAGGCUUUGGAGACCAGAUCAACAAUGAAAACUGCUGGGAGCCCAUUGAGAAGUACAUCAAUGAACAGUAUGAAAAGUUCCUGAAAGAGGAGGUUAAUAUUGCCAGGAAGAAGCGCAUCCCUGACACCCGGGUCCACUGCUGCCUCUACUUCAUCUCCCCAACGGGACACUCCUUACGACCACUUGAUCUUGAGUUCAUGAAACACCUCAGCAAAGUGGUGAACGUCAUUCCUGUCAUUGCCAAGGCUGACACCAUGACCCUGGAGGAGAAGUCUGAAUUCAAGCAGAGGGUUCGCAAAGAGCUUGAAGUAAACGGCAUUGAGUUCUACCCUCAGAAGGAGUUUGAUGAGGAUUUGGAGGACAAGACAGAGAAUGACAAAAUCCGGCAGGAGAGCAUGCCCUUCGCGGUGGUGGGGAGUGACAAGGAGUACCAAGUGAAUGGCAAGAGGGUCCUCGGGAGAAAAACACCCUGGGGGAUCAUCGAAGUCGAAAACCUCAACCACUGUGAGUUUGCCCUGCUUCGAGACUUCGUCAUCAGGACUCACCUCCAGGACCUCAAAGAAGUAACACACAACAUCCACUAUGAAACUUACAGGGCCAAGAGGCUCAAUGACAAUGGAGGCCUCCCUCCGGUGAGCGUGGACACAGAGGAAAGCCACGACAGUAACCCGUGAUGAGCCCUUCUCUGUGUUAUCAUACAUAUCCCCCUUCUCUAAACACACACACACCCCAGAUACCACCUCCAGCCACCUCCUCCUUUCAGCUGUCCUACAGGCCUGUCUGGUAUUUGUGCAGUAUUUUGUCUGGUGUGUGUGAGUGUGUGUGUGUGUGUGUGUGUGUGUGUGUGUGUGUGUGUGUGUGUGUAUGAUAGAGAAUGCCUGUGUGUCAUGUGUUUGUGUGUCUUGCCUGUGCCUGUGCGUGUGCAUGCCUGUGUGUGUGCGUGUGUGUGCCUCUGUGUACGCGUGUGCUCAGGGGUGAGGUAUUUUCAUUGCCCUCUCUGGAAAGUUCUUUGUAAGUCUGCUUUCUCCAUGACUCUCCAUUCUGUCUCCUUUUUUCUUGUGCUCCAGAACAAAAAGCUGUGCGCCUCACUCAGGAGGUUUGGGGAAGGUUUUAUUUUAAAAUGCUGGGAGCAGGUGAGCCACAGGCAACUCUUUCUUACUUCUGACCCGCCCACAGACUGGGGAUGCAGGUAUUCAUGGACUGGUGACCGAGUUAGCCUCUGGUGGGCUGUGGGAGCACAGAACCACUUUUCACUGUAAGUUGAGGUAAUCUGGACUGAGGCUAGGACUUCUUGGGAAGAUGGAGAGAAACUUCACAGGGUGCAAAGAAGAAAGCUGAGGGGGCUCCUGCAGAAUUGGUGUCUGGAAAUGGAGCUCCACACUUGUGUCUAUGUUGAGGUCACUGUCAAACAGCAGGUCAUCACCACUGCUAACCACUGCUUCCUGUGCUCGCCCUCCCCAUAUUUCCAGGCUGGUUGGUUGGCUCCUCUUCCUGAUUUCUCUUUCCCCUCCCCAGCUUCCUUUGCUUCCUUUCUUCGUACAUUCAUAUAUUCACACACUUGCCCCCUUUCCUGCCUGUCUCUGACCUUUUAUCUCCUGUUAGAGUAAUCUAUGUUAGCUUCCUUUCUGCAUUUAGGAAUCAGGCCCGGCCUGCUUCCUACAUUGACUUUCUACUGCCCUAAGAUUGAAUCACAGCUAGGAGCCGGAGAGAUAAUGGCUCUGUGCUCAGGAUCAUCUUUCACUCUUGCAGUGGACCCAGGCUCAGUUCCCAGCACCUUCCUGGUGGCUUAGUUAUCUGUGACUCCAGUUCCAGAGGCUAUGAUGCCCCCUUUUAGCCUCCAUGAGCAUGGUGAACAUACACACACACACACACACACACAGACAAGCACUCAUAUGCAUAAGGUAAAAAUUAAUAAACCUUAAAAAAAAUAAGAUCAGAAGUAAAAGCACGUGGUAGUACAUGCUGAGACUGCAAGAGAAUUCCGAGUCUAGAGAAGACUAGGAAAGCCAGGUUCGGCAACCGACCCCUGAAAUUCACUCUGACUUGGGAGUAGCCUGGAGAAAUGGGAGAACUUGGUAGCUUGGGCUGCACCUGGUGUUCUGUUUAAGGAAGUACGUGUUAUUGGUCAAAUGAGGCAACCUUUAGGCAGAGGGAAUUACAUUUGAGAAUUCUGAAGUAUCGGAAAAAAUAUCCAGAGUUUCUGAGGUGGCUGGACUUCUGAGAGAAAUUUUAACAUGUUUCCCUUUCUCGAGUAGCCUUCUGUCUGUGUUAAGCUGGCUUCUCUGUGGCUUUGUUCUGUACAGACUCUCUGUUCUCAUUUGUCUGUCUUCCUUGGCUUCUCCCCUCCCCGCAUUCUCUCACCGUCCGACCCUGUAGACGUUCCCAGGAGCACCCAUAGCUGUACAUUUAUUGCCUUCUCGGGAGUCCCGUAUUUAUUAAUGCACACUUUUACUGCUCCUUACACAUCCAAGUUAUUCUUUGGUUCCUGUAGUUUCUAAGGCUGCUUUAAGCAAAGCCAUUUAGCCUUAGGAAAGGGAAGACACCAUGUGAUUCUGUUUACAACUGAUCUAUUCACUAUCCCACCUCCCAGUCCAGCCUGGGUGUUGAACUGGUCCUCCCUGAAUGCCAGCAUUUUUUACCUAUAUUACCCAGUCACUAGAGAGAGAGAGAGAGAGAGAGAGAGAGAGAGAGAGAGAGAGAGAGAUGGAAGACCCAGAAUUCAGUGGACCAAGUGGAAGAGAAGGAAAUGAUCAGAUCAUGUGACCCUAAUCCUAUGGUCUUAGCCUUUCCUGAGAACUGCUCUAUCUCUAGACCUCAUCCCUCAUCCCCCCUUUUCCCAUAACAUUACUAAAGAAUAGUCAGCUGUCAGGCUAGAACGGUAGCAACAUUAUAGAACUGGCUGGCUGCUCCAGUGAGCUGCUCUGUAUAGUGACAUGGGAUUGGACACCUAAGGCCAGCAGGUGCUAAGGACGGUGGGCAUUGGAGAUGCUAAGUAGGAGAAUACUGCCUGUCUCCCCUAAGCUGUGGUCUCACUGUCCCUGGAGAGGCUGUUUUAUGUGUCUGCUGCCAGCUGCCAGUCUCCACACCCUCAACCAUUCUCAACUCCCCCUGCAGGGAGAAGGCCUCCUGGGCACUGUCCUUCCACCUGUGCCAGCCACCCCCUGCCCCACUGCUGAAUGAAGGCCAUUUCAAGUGCUGCUUCUCCCUCCCCAGCUGUUAUUGCUGCAGGGCCACGCCCCCUUUAGUGCCCACCAGCACAGCCCCUCUCAGCCCUCGGCCAGUGGGAGGGGCUAGCUGCGUCUCUAGGACAGUUGCUUCCUCCGUUUAGCCAAACUACUCCUCUCCUCCCCCACGGAAUGGAGUUCCCGCCAGCACCACCCUGCUCUACCAUCUAUGUUCAGCAGCCCCAGCCCUUGUGUAGGCAGGAGGAACUCACGGAGAGCUUCUCCUGCCCUUGCAAGCGCACACCAGCGACUGGUAACUGUCUCCAAGGGAACCGGCAUUGCUCCCUAGCCAUUCAUCUGCAUGAGUGCUUUCUUGGCUACCGUAACCGGUCAAGAAAGCAGCUUUCCUGCUUGUCAGAGUCACUGAGGUCAGCCGUGUGAGCCCCUGUGUGGGACAAGGGUGUCUCCUUCAUUGCUUCAAAGUAUUUAUAAGGGUGAUUGAUUAUACAUGUUGGGGAGCCAGAUGACUAGCGUCACUUUAAAAAAAAAAUCACCGCUGGUGGCUGGCCCAGUGAGUAUGUGUGUAGACAACCUGUUUACCCCAAAAUAUGGCCAUCCCGGAAGUGGUUUUGCUGAAAAGAGGUUGCUGGAGUUGACUUCCCUAUCCCCAAACUUUAAAAUAAAGGGAAUUAAACACACACAGACUACUCCAAACCCACAAGCUAUACACUCUAGGAAGAAAAAAAUAGCACCCUUUUGUACAUUUAGCAAUAAGAGGCAAUCUCUUCCCACCUACCCUGACUAUUCCUGCUCCCAUCCCCCACCCUGUUAAUGUGAGCGAUGCAUUAGCCUGACCACAGGUGGUCGCUAUAGGCUAAUGGAAAAUACCCAACGGAGGGCAAAGCCCCCCUCAGAUGCAUGAAUGUUUGCGGACGGCUGCCACUGCCCCAUACACUGUGUCUUUAUAGGACCCUCCCUCAGCCACCCCACCUGCCAUCUCCACCUGGACACAACUUGCUCAAAGGCUGGUGACUUGUGGGCCAUUCAUCUACAAGUCCUGAUGGAACAAGGCCUAAGCCUAGGGGAUGCAAGAACGACCCAUUUUUAAAACGUUAUUAGUCCCAGCCAAUGUUUUGGUGAUAUUCCAGUUUAGUUUCCCAGUUGAAAACAAGCCAACAGACACUCAGACUGGUCGUGUAAAUGUUGCUAGCCUCUGUUGUACAACUAAACAUUACUGUUUGAACAAUAA